AUGGCGGCGGCGGGCGGCGCGGCGGGGCUGGCGGCGCUGCUUGGCAGCGCCUCCCCGCACCUCCUGAUCGUCUCCGCCGCCGCCGAGGAGCCGACGGGCGGCGGCCACCCCGAUUCCGACCUCCUGCUCUUCGCCACGCCGCAGCCCGCCCGCCCCGGUGCCGCGCCCAGACGGCCCGCGCUGGGCCGCCCGCCGGUCAAGAGGAAGCUGAACUUGGAGACGGAUCACCAGUACAUAGCGGAGAGUUUGCCAGUGAGCCGGGGCAAGGCCAGGAACCCUGCUAAAGGGGCAAAGUCUCCUGGAGAGAAAUCCCGCUAUGAAACCUCCCUGAACCUCACCACCAAGCGCUUCCUGGAGCUGCUGAGCCAGUCCCCAGAUGGUGUGGUGGAUCUCAACUGGGCGGCCGAGGUCCUGAAGGUGCAGAAGAGGCGUAUCUACGACAUCACCAAUGUCCUGGAGGGCAUACAGCUCAUCACCAAGAAGUCCAAGAACCACAUCCAGUGGCUGGGCAGCCAGGCCACGGUGGGAGCGCCAGGCCAGCACCGGCUGCUGGAGAAGGAGCUGCGGGAGCUGCAGGCGGCCGAGCGGCAGCUGGAUGACCUCAUCCAGAUGUGCACGGUGCAGCUGCGCCUGCUCACCGAGGACCCCGCCAACCAGCACGCAGCCUAUGUGACCUGCCAGGACCUCCGCAGCAUUGUGGACCCCGCGGAGCAAAUGGUGAUGGUUAUCAAAGCCCCCCCAGAGACCCAGCUGCAGGUCUCAGAUGCAGCGGAGGCGUUCCAGGUCUCCGUGCGAAGCACUCAGGGCCCCAUUGACGUGUUCCUCUGCCCCGAGGACAGCUCGGGGGUCUGCAGCCCCGUCAAGAGCCCCUUCAAAGCCCCUGCAGAGGACUCUUCUCCCAGCCAUUCACAGCCCAGAGCCUCCCUGCUCCUGCAUCCCGCCCAGGAUGUGAACAUGCCGCUGCUGCCCGGAGAGCAAGAAGCGCUGCUGCCAGGGCCAAGUGUGCUGCCUGGCAAGAGCCCGGAGGAGGAGGUGAGCCUGUCUCCACUGGCCUCCAUGGACAUCCUGCUGGAGCAGAGCAGGGAGGACUUGGCGGGUUUCUUGGCCGAUGAGUUCAUCAAUCUGUCGCCGCCGCAGGCGCAGGACUAUCACUUUGGGCUGGAGGAGGGCGAGGGCAUCAGCGAGCUCUUCGACUGCAACUUUGGGGACUUCACCCCCUUGGACUUCUGAAGCUGUGCCCGCCCUGGUGCUUGGGGGAGCUGCCAGGGGAGGGGGCAGCCCUGGCAGGGCAGGGCAGCCCCUCAGGCUCCAGCGCCCGCUGUUCCUCCCCCAUCCCUUUUUGCAAUAUUUUCUCCUUAUCCCUCCAUCCCCCCCAGCCUGGUGGGGGCCGGUGGCAUCCUCAGCUCCAGCCCCACAAGGAGGAUGCCAGGGUGGGGUUCCCAUCUUGGGAGACCCCCCCCACAGGGCCCUGAUCAGGGGAAACUGCCCAGGGCAGAGCCUCUGCCCCCCAGGAGCCCAUUCCAGAGCUUUAAGCAGUCCUGUGUAUAGAUUAAUGAUUUGAUUAAUUUAUUAUUGUCCCCUGGGGACAGCGUUUC